AUGUCGCAACCAAUCUUUUCAUUAAAGCCCGACGAGAACAAGUCAAAGGUAGUGGCAAAUGUAUUGCCAUGCCGUAUACAUCACGAUGGUCCAAUUGACCCAGCAUCGACCUAUUGGACCCCUACUGUCGCCGACGCUUGGGAAGAUGGCACAAAACUAGCAUAUUUCCGAGGAAGGAAGCUUCAAGGAAAGGUCGUCAAACUACCAGAGCAAUGCCGAGGUGUUGUCGUUGAACGAGCACCCGAGAAAGACCCCAAAACCGCUACCGAAGAGCCAGUUGAGGAUGUCGACGAGGAACAAGAGAAGACUGAGAGCAUGCAAAUAACGGCCGAGUUCGAUGAGAUGGUUGUAUGGGGCCACGAGUCAAUAGCAGACGCUAGUGCGGAUCCUUACGUUCGGAGUAUGGAGGAGUGGCUUCAGGUGGCCGACCAGAUUCACUCUUAUUCUACCUGA